AUGGCAUGGUCGAGAGAGCAAACCGCUUCCUUAAAUCUUCUCUCAAAAAAAAACGGUGAAAGUUUUCCGGAAUGGCCAAACGCUAUCGCAACCAUUCAGUACGUCUUUAAUAAUACGUUUCACGCGUCAAUUAAAUCGACCCCAUCCAAGUUGCUGCUAGGCUACGACCAGCGCAACCAUAGCGAUAGCAAGCUCGUAGAGUUUCUAACAAAGUUGCAUAAGGCUGAAUUCUCUUUGUCAGAGGAAAGGGAAUCUAGUCGUCAGGUAGCAUUAGACGCGACUAAUAAAGUGAAAGAAUAUAACAAAGUAUAUUACGAUAAGCGUCAUAAGAUCCCGUCCGCGUACAACGCCGGCGAUUUUGUCCUAGUGCGUGAUACCACGGUUAAGCCCGGCGAAGACAAGAAAAUAAAACCCGUUUAUAAGGGACCAUACCUAGUGGAUAGGGUAUUGGAAAAAAAUCGUUUCGUAAUAAAGGAUAUUCCUGGCUUUAACAGGGUUUCUCGACCGUACAACUCUAUUUUGUCGCCCGAUCGGCUCAAACCAUGGAUCAGGCCGGCAACACCCUGA